AUGCAGAAACGUCAACAAGGCUAUAUACAACUUUCGAAUUCAACAUCUUUGUCGGAACCUUCAGCUCAAAAGCCUUUAGUUAUAAAUCCACAGACCGAACCUCAAGUUGGCGGGAGAGCCAGAGUAAAAGCGAAACAGCCUAAUAGAACGACAAAGACAACUCAGAAAUUAAAACUUUUUCCGGAAGAACAAAUAGCUAAUAAUGUUGAAGAAGUGAAUGAUGGAAAAUAUAAUCAAAUCAGUCAACUUACACAAGUAACCGCUAGAAGGGAAGCUGAGAGACUUAGCAAACAAGAACGACUUAAGCUUCCCCGGGUCACUGCUUAUUGCACAGCUGCAACUUAUCGGUUAGAUGAUUUAAUGAAAUAUCUUCAAAAUCGAAAAGUACGUAAUAGUACCGCUCCAAAACGUUUGGAUGAAUGGCAAGAUGCUGUAAUCCCUCCUCAAGAGCUGGAUCAACAAAUUCCUGAAAUUAUUUUCUUUGAUUAUGGUGUUGUUGUCAUCUGGGGCAUGAAAGAGGUUGAAGAAAAAAGUCUAUUACGUGAAUUAGUUGCCUUCGAAGACGAAAAAUUAGCUCCUGAGGAUGUCGAAACUGAAGAAUUUCAUUUUCAUUAUGCCGCUUCUUAUCAACCAAGAAUCUAUAAUGAUGUGAUUACUCUUAAACAUUCCGGCAAUUAUAUGGUGAAGGUUACAAUAUCUCACGCCAUUGCUCAAUCUGUCAAAAUGACCUUAUUUGAAGGAUUAAUUGAAGAUACUAUCGAGGCUACAAAACAUAUUCCAAUAACAAUGGCAGAAUCGGGUAAAGUCUCUAUGUCAAGAACUGCCAUUACCAAAAAAAUUGGUCAGUUAUUCAUAAUGCGAAUCAAUAUAAAUUUGGUUAGCAAUAUUUUAGACACUCCUGAAAUUUUUUGGUCUGAACCUGCGUAUGAGCCGUUAUAUAGCGCUAUAAGAGGUUAUCUUGAAAUCUCUCAACGAGUCGAACUAUUAAAUCAAAGAGUGGCUGUAAUAAGUGAUCUUUUAGAUAUGCUUAAAGAACACUUAACAAGUUCUCACGGCGAACAACUCGAAUGGAUAGUAAUUGUUCUUAUCGCUUUCGAAAUCAUAAUUGGCGUGAUUACCAUCUGUAUCGAUUCUGCAAAGUUGGUUUAG